AUGUGGAUCAUCAUCAAUGCAAACUAUGAGAACGAGACAGUGGCGUCGUCAUCCGAAGGAAACGGAGGGGGUGAAUCUUCAGCCCUGUUCUCGAAGCUAGGCAGUUCACUUUUCGGAGCCACUGGCUCACCACAAAAAGUUGUUACAAACAUCCGUGGAUUUCUAUCGAAUCGACUGACCGGAGUGUCAAUCCCUGAUACGGGAUGGAAAGAUUCAAUUCUCUCACUUCAGAAGAAAUGGUUGUCGACGACGGAAGGUGUCGACGAAUUUGGUUUCCCGGAGUCUUUACCAAAGGUUCCGGUACCAACAUUGGAUCAAACGAUGCAUGAAUAUCUCCGGGUCCUUCAACCCAUUACAACUCCCCAGCAGUUGGAACGGACACGGGCACUUACAAAACAGUUCACUGGACCGAAUGGAUUGGGGACGACGCUGCAGCAGUACCUGCUGGAUAAACGGGAAGCCGAUGAUAACUGGGCCUACUACUACUGGUUGAACGAUAUGUACAUGGACAACCCACUACCUUUACCGAUUAACUCCAACCCCGGAAUGGUAAUGCCUCCCCGAAAAUUUACCACCGUCAACGAUAUGGCUCGUUUUGCGGCGAAGUUAAUCGAUAAUCUCAUGAUUCAUAAAGAAAUGCUCGAUAGUGGAGGUCUUGUACAGGAAAGGGCGACCUCGCGAGAAAAAGGGCAACCCUUGUGCAUGGCUCAGUAUUAUCGGCUUCUUGGAUCCUGCAGACGACCGGGUGAGAAACGAGAUAGUCAAUAUCUACCCGAAAAAAGGACCGACGAACAUGUGAUUAUCUUUUGCCGAAAUCAGAUAUACUGUCUUCCGGUGAAAGCAGGCGAUCGUGGUCGUUUAAUCGAAGAUGAAAUUGCAUCGCAACUAUUGUACAUACUAAAUGAUGCACCCUGCUUGGCAAGAAAACCCCCUCGUAUUGGUAUUUUGACGGCUGAACCACGUCCUCGGUGGGCCUUAGAUCGACAAAUGUUACUUCUGGAAGAACAAAACGCCCGCAAUAUUGAACUCAUUGAGCAGGCAUUGGUUCAAAUCUGCAUCGAUGAACCAAUCCCAUUGACUUUCAAUGCUCGAGGGUUCAACGGAUCUCCAGCUGGAGCCCACUACUGUGGUGGACGAGAUGAAAGUAACAUGGCUCACGAAAUGAUUCAUGGUGGGGGUAGCGAGUACAAUUCCGCAAAUCGUUGGUUCGAUAAAACAAUGCAACUAAUCAUUUGUAAUGACGGUAGCUGGGGUCUGUGCUACGAGCAUUCACCUUCCGAAGGCAUUGCUGUGGUUCAACUGUUGGAAGGAAUUCUUAAGAAGAUCGAUGAGGCUCCAAAAUCCGAAGAAAAUGGUCUACAGAACCACCUUCCUCCACCGGAAAGACUCGAGUGGAUUGUUCAACCCGAGAUUGAUCAAAGGAUUCGUGACGCUUCUAGGAAUGUGGACAAGAACAUUGAAAACCUUGACUUUUAUGUAUAUCGAUACAAGCCGUUCGGAAAGAACUUCAUUAAAGCUUGUCAGGUCAGCCCGGAUGUUUUCAUUCAACUCGCGUUGCAAUUAGCUUAUUACAAGCUUUACGGAUAUUUAGUAAACACAUAUGAAAGCGCUUCAACUAGAAGAUUUUUGUUGGGCCGCGUCGAUUGCAUCCGGUCGGCCAGCAUGGAAGCAUUGGAAUGGGCCAAAGCAAUGUGUCAAGGAGAAGGUGCCAAUGUUGCACUUGAGAGUGACAAAGAAGAAGACUACGGAGGCGAAGGGAGCGAAGCGAAAAAACGAGAUCAUUUGCGGGAACUGUUUCGGUGUGCCGCGGCACGUCAAACAGAAGUAAUGGUCCAAAAUAUUCUGGGACAUGGUAUAGAUAUUCAUAUGCUAGGUCUUCGCGAAGCCUGUAAAGAGAAGAACGGCAGUCUACACGAGCUGUUCACAGACGAAGGAUACAAAAUUACAAACUGUUUCCUACUCUCGACCAGCCAGGUCGCCUGCUCAACCAACAGUUUCAUGGGAUAUGGUCCGGUAACACCACAUGGAUAUGGAGCCUCAUACAAUCCACAUCCGAAUGAGAUCAUCUUCUGUAUUUCGGCAUUUUUCUCCUCAGAUAAAACUAGUGCAUCGAGAUUUGCCCGUUCGCUGCAGGACUCACUUGACGCCAUGCGGGAUCUGUUGUCAUAAACUCUACAUAUAGGUGGCCUUACUGCACAUGGUUUGCGAAACGCUCUUCGAAAUAUAAACAACCAAAUAAAAACAAACAUAUCAAUAUCUAUAGAUGUGAUAGUCGUCAAAGUAACUCAAACAUAUCAAUUGGUUGGAAAUCUGUAGCAGAUUUUUUUUAAUUAUUAUACACCCUAUUGUCACGGACGUCACUCUGUUAGAUAGACUUUGCAUCGUUUCAACAGAAGCUGGUUGGUUCAAUUGAUAAUAUUUUCUUGGUACACUUUGAAAUGAUGGAAAACACGUUGUUUUGCACAGUUGAAAAUAUUUUUUGGUUUUACAUUUCUCUUCAUAGUUAUACAGGCUUGUGUAUGGUAUCCGAGGACACAAGGGUAUGUUUCAGUAAAUUUGAGGUUGCUUUUUAUUGCAGUGUUUUUAUUUUCAUAUAAUUAUUGUAAUGGGGGGGGGGCUACAAAUCUACGCAAGAAAUCAACUGACAUUCAAUUAUCGGUGCACGAAGCACACCGAUUCAGAAAACCUAAAUUUUCUCAGCUGCACCCGAUUCAAGUCCAUUGUGGUCCGCUGGUAAUGUAGAAACUUUUGCAAAACGAAAAACACCUCAGGAACAUAUCCCAGCAGAACUCUGCCUCUGCCCACAAAGCCACGGUGACACAAGAUUGAAAGGUCGGUUUUAUAUGCUCUUUUCAUCCCGAAACUGUGCUUCCUACACAUAUAAAAAUAUCACAAAACUAAGCGUUAAUUGAAAGAUACAGCUCUGUUCAUCGAGAAUUAAAUGCAAUCAAUCCAAUUUACUUUUGCAUCGAUGAUUGUUUUCCAACAAACUUCCGAUUCAACCCAUGUUAUUAUUGAUUUUUAUUUUGUGUAAAUUCAGGGUAGCAAGUGAAUUGCCGAUUUCCAUUUCCCGGCUUUUUCCCGGUUUUUUUGAGAUAAAAAUUUCCGGUUUUUAGAAUAGGCUCAAAUCGCCUCUGUUUAGUUUUUUUUUAAUUUUUAAUUUAAACUUUGAAAAGAUAUCCCAUGUCCAAAAAGUAUCAUUGUAACAGGCCCGCUUAUUGAGGAUGCAAUUACUUUCCAGGCAUUUCGAUGAAUAAAUAAAAAAAUAUUAAUUAUAACAUGUGCGUAUAAGAAAAGCAUAAAGGCUUUUCCAAGUCAUUUAGGGGUUUUGGUUACACGUAACCGAUUUCAUCCGAGUGCACAUGACUGUUUUUAUUAUUUUUUGGUAUACAUAUGAUUGAAAAUAAAUCAAUAAGGUACAACAAUCAAAAACGGACGCUUGCCACUCGGAAAAAAAUCAACAAUCUAUGCUUGCAACUUCAAAUCAUUUUGUACAGAGCUUUCUUCGCUCCUUCCGGAAGUAAAAGUAGAAAUCUCAGAUCGGCGGGAAAAUUAUAAACGGCAUAAUGGCCAAGGAUGGCUUUUAUCGUAUCAAAGAACGCUCUCUACCAACUCUUCACAAUAUUCAAUCAUUGCCAUCAAAGAGAGACGGAUAUCAUCUCAGCAACAAAACACCGUCAUGGUUCAUAUAACAUAGAAUAGACACCAGUGCGAGAGCGAAUUUCUCUCGAUGACCUGUCUGAGCAUCACGGGUUAACACACUGCUGUGGGGAUUCUCUCUGAAGCAACAAACGGUCGCUUAUUCUCGUUUUGCGGUCCGAUACUAUACGGGCAGUGGAUAAUUGCGAUAGAAUCAUUUUACUAUUGCCGCUUAUUCUAUCUAUGUUCAUAUAACCUUUGUAUAAGUUGUAUCUAUGAAAAUAGAUGUGAAUGCUCCAGACCACUCAAAACGAAAUAUUGUAUAUUGUAACCUAGGAUGAGAAUCAUCAAGUCGAAUUAUCUGCGAUAAUUAUCAACUUGCGAUUCUCUCUUGGUAAAUUCCUCACAGCGUCGAUCAUUGCCGGACAGUGUAUAUUUUGUUAAGGGCUGUGAAAUACUCACAGUAUGAAGUGAAGCGAACAAAUGUAGAAAAAUUCUCUUACGGUUCAUGCAUCGAGAGACAGCGAGUUCUUGUAGCAUCUUCUACCAGAUUGAAAAUUUUGUAUACAAUGUAGCAAAUAUCGAGCCGCUUUCUGCCAAAUUAUCGGCAAUCACCAACACUGAUGCUGGCACAGCGAAUCUAACAUAAUAUCGUCAUUGCCAGGGCUUCGGCCAUGGUACAAUAAAUGAUUAUAUGGACAUAUACUGUUUAAAUUAUGUCGCUUGCAAGCACAUCUGUUCAAUAAACGAUACGCUCAGAUGAAUUAUCAUGCUGUAAUUGUGAAGAAAACCAUAAAACCAAUUAUUAACAAAAUCAUGUCAGACCAAAAAUUUGAAAUUUUCAUGUAAUAGAAUUGAAUUUAAAAUCAUUAAAUGUAUGUAUAUCUAACAUUUCGAAAAACCGUUGACUUUCUCUUUUAAAACACCAUUUUUUUCUAAUGUAUCUGUUAGUCAAUAAACACUGUUUACGAUUUCAAUGCAUUGAUGGGCAAAUGAAUCAAUUGAUAACUGUUAAAAUGUACAAUAUAUCCUAAUAGGAUUCUAAACGCUCGUAGAGUAAUCAGAAAGUACGAGCUCUUCAUGAUGAACUCUCCGCUAGUUUUUAGAGCAGUUUUAUUUCCAAUAGCAAAACUAAUUUAUCUUCUAUGACAAAGCUUCCUACAAUUUAUAUGAUUCUAGCAGAUCAAUCAAUAACAUUCAGGGUUUCAAAUUAAGCAAUGAUUAGUUCAAUUAGUUAUAUAUUCUACCAGUUUAGAACUAAUCGACUAGAAUACUAUCGAAUGUAAACCCUGAAAUUGUUUUGGGAAAUAUAGAUAUAGCCGUAAAUUAUUUAAAUCAUUACUUUAUUGAUGUUCCAAAAGCUCAAAGUAAAUUCAAUUCACCUUCAUCUACAUCAAUAUCAACGUUCUUGUGAUCCUACUAUGGAAUAGUUGAGGACCUUUGAAAGAAAAUUAAACACAGAUUCACUAAACAAAUCAAUUAAUUUUCUAAAUCUUUCUAAGAUUCUAUACUGGUUCUCAGAAACCAGUUUCAACUCUUCCAAUUUUGCGAGUCCUUUUGACAUCACUCAGAAAUAUAAGCAUAACACAAGUAUUUUCUCAAGAUAACAUUACUGAGACAGAUUUUUAUGAAACAAGGGUAAUUACUUAAAAUUUUUCCCUAUAAUACCUAGAGAUUUUGCCAUAAAUUUUGCAGGUGUUUUGAAUACUUAUUUAAACAUUUGAUAAAAAUCCAACAGAAGCAUCCAAAUUAUCCUUAUUUUUCAAAAUGAGCUUUCAUUAUGCUGUUAUUGAUAACAACUUUAAAAAAAAACUCUGAUACUUCCUGUUUGAUUUAAAACUACCUGCAAGCCUCUAAAAAUCGUUGGACGAGACAUAGGGUGUUGGCCCAAUUUCCAAUGGACAUUAAAUUAUUUCAACACUUAUACUGAACAUUUCGCUCAAACGCAAAAUUGGGUAUUGUCUCUUACUCUUCGAUUGUUGAAAAAAAAAUCAUUAUGCUAACAACUGUUACUCAUAGGUGAGCUAGAAAUAUUUUUCCCGGUUUUUCACUAAAAUUCCCGACUAUUUCCCGGUUUUUCCCGGUGAAAUCAAAUUCCCAACUUUUUCCCGGUUUUCCUGAUUUUCCCGGUCAUUUGCCACCCUGUAAAUUGCAUUAUUUCUUUUCUGUGUAGUUCCACUGACUCUAUUCCAUAUGAAUAUUACGUACUGGGCGUAAUUGACCGAGAGGCUAGAAAACACUUCCAUAACAUUAUUUCAAGCUCGAGUUGAUUAGAGUUGUACAUUUCACUGACCACUUCAUCAACUCAUUCUUUACUUAUUAAAAUAUCAUAAAACACUUGUACUGCAGUGCAGUAAUAGUGUGAUUCACCAUUUCCCUUUCAGUCCUCUUAUUCAAUGUAUAAUAGUGAAACUACAUUAACUAUGUUGUAUUAUUUUACCGAUCAGCUUUGUUGAAAACGAUAAUUUUAUCGAAAUAAGAGGUUUACGUGUUGACGAGAAAAGGGAAUCAACCAAAGAAACGGAAACAUAUCAUUAGAAUGUAAGUUAACCAUAGGAACAAUAUAAAAAAUAGAUUAAUAGAAGUUGUUAUGCAAUAUUAUCAAAAUUGCUUGUUGAAGGUGUUAUUAACUAUCGCUAUUCUCGUUCAAUCACCUAGUAGAAGGUGAGUUAUUGUUUCAAAGUGACGAGUUGAGUUGAUCUAGAAAACUGCGUGUAGUAGCAAUAUUCAACAGUUAUAAUCCACACUAUGUUAUAAGUAUCACUUAUCAAAUCUAAUCAAUGUGAUUGUGUUCUUGAUGAAAAGCUUAGCUUCGAAAGACAUCUUACUCUCAGUUAUCAUUAGUCCAUGGUGUUGAGUUUAUAAAUGAAAUUUUAUUAAAUCGGCAAUCGACGUUAAUAUAUGUAAAACAUUAUUUUAGAUCAUGUUAUAGGUGAGUUAAUUUCGAAUGCUCAAUAUCCUAGCGGUGGGGUUAGAAGCAAACUGGACAGUUUCAAGAAACAAUCCACCGGCAGAUUCGAGCGCCCGCACAGUAAUUCUUGUCCAUUAAACGAAGCAAAAUUGUAGACAUUAAACAAAACUAACAUUUUGGAAUCAUCAAAAAAGAGAAACGAUAAGUUUAUGUAAUGUCCCUAGAUGCAAGACGGGCAUGCAAUGUCCAGAUCAUAUUAGCAAGCUUGCAAGCAAGGUUGAACCCAAUAUCAUAACUUGCAAAAAAAAACAAGUAUCACAAAAGCUUUACAGCGAGCGAAAGCUUGGACUAUAUUUAACAUAUCAAAAGGCAAAAAUUUGUAAAACAGGUCAAACGUGUGAAUAUAACAAUAUUUAGAGAUGAAUUAAAAACAUUUAAAACAAGAUUGUAUCAUAGCAUGUAGUCUAUACCUAUAAACGGAUAUAUAUAAACAAAUUAAUGUAUAAAAAUAUACACUAUCGAAAAGAAAUCUUCAUAUAAGUCAUACUGAAAAUUUGAAGACAAACUCAUUAAAAUAGGACCUAUCUGCAAAUGACAGUUCCAUUUCUUUUAUUUUCUCUUUCGAUUAUUGCGGUAUUGUUGGUAAUCUUUCAUUCUAGCUUUUCACGUAAUAUGAAUAAAUUAUGGGGAAAUAUAGAAUCACACUAAAAUGAUUGAAAGAAAGUGAAGACAAACACGAGAAAAGGUCCUAAGUGCAAAUGACAGUUUCUCUUUGUUUACUUUCUCUUUCGAGUAUCACGGUCCAAUCAGCAAUCUUCCCAUCUAACACUUCGCAUAGUAUAAGAGCAAAAACCAUCAACUUUCGAUAUUCACUGUAGAAUUUGCCGUAAUAAUUGAAAGAGAAAGUAAACCAAGAGAAACUGUCAUUUGCACUUAAGACCUUUUUUAAUGUUCAUCGAGAAGUGUCAGUAAAUACAAACUGUCACCUGAAAAUGGGACUAUUUGUAAAAGUCAUCGAGAUUUGUCUUAAAAAUUGUAUCCAACGACAAUGGUCAAGUGUUACUUUUUAGUUAUAUCAGUCAUCGUCAUUGUAGCAAUUAAAACCUUUACUGCGAAUUUCCAAAAAUCAAAGUUAUUCACGAUAUGGUUGACAGCUUUAGAUAAUUCUGAUUGAAUGUACCUGCAUACCAUUUUAACCUAUGUGUUGAACGAUGGAAGCAGAUUUCUCUCCAAUUAUGGUACAAUUCACAAUCUUAUGAAAACAGUCAUUGUUGAAACACGAACCAACAAUGUAAAAACAUAAUUUGAUAUACUAAUAUGUAUUGAAUAAAGUAAUUGUUUUAGGGUAAUUGUCUACGGUAUGAGAGAAAACUGAUCUUGUCCUUUUCAACAAUGACUGAUUUCGUGAAAUUGUGAAUCGCCUUAACAGACUGAAUUAUUGGAAUUAUUGUUAUUGUUGAGAAUGUCUUUCCCGAUUAAACGUCGGCAACCACUAGAAGAAGAGUGGAAAAUUCAACUCAACUUGGUUUUAUUCCACCAUUUAAAUUUGUGUAGUAGAACUUGAAGGAAAAAAAUCAAUGUUUUGAUAUUAAUAUUUUUAUUUCCUUCUGACAUUCCUUUGAUUGAACAAAAAUCGUGUAAAUUUACGUCUUCUAAAACCGACAUAAAUGAGCGUUGAAAAUCACAGAAUUACAGACAGGACACUCAAAUGGGAUUCAUUAAUUAUUUCAACGGUCAUUUCAUGGCUGGGUGCAGCUCGCAUCGGUCAGAGUGUCUGAAAGUAGAGUGACGACAUCUCAUCCAUAAUGUAGGCAACAACUCGAAACAUUUCACUAGGAAUGUUAACAGUUCUGUAGCUUUAUAUAAAUCUGGCAGGUUGGUUGCUCGUUUGGAACGAUAAUGACAAAUAGAAUUACCACCUGCUCUGGACUCGACAGCAGCAGGACUUUAUUUUAAAGAUUUAUAUCGUUUUAACUAUGGAUCAGUACACAACGGAAAUCGAACCUAUAACCUGGAUUCUUUGGCACUGUUCUUCCAAUUUUACUAAGGUUGUACUCGAACCUUAUAAUAAACUAUCGAUUACUUCUUUUAAACAUCACGUGUAAGACUCUUAAAUUAAACAAACCGUAAAAAGAUAGUAUAUUAAAGAUGUGUACAUGCAACAAAUCAAUUAUCAGUUUCAUGUACCUGCAAAAUCAUUUUCCGGAACAACGGUGGGAAGAAUAAUGUUUUAAUUCUCCAGUGAAAUCAAUCUAAAAAUUUGAAAAAUCGCAUGAAACCUGAUAAAAUAUUUGGCAUCAUAGCGAGCAGCAGAAGUGAGAAAACAAGAAAAAAUAUAAUACAAGGGUAUUAUUCAUAGCAAAUAAUUGCAAAAUAGAUGGAUCCAGUAACUCAAGAAAAUACACAUAUAGUCUGUGUUAAAAUGACGUAUUUUUAUAACUGAUUCAAUCCGUUAUUCAACCAAUCUUAUGUUAAUUUUAAAGUGUCAACUAACUAAAUUUUACGCCCACACAUCAAAAGUCAUACGGAAUCACGUCAACAGUAAACAGUAUUUUUUGCUCAUUCUCCACAGGUUUAUUGAAAUUUUUAAGCAUGAUGUUAAAAACCUUACUUGUAUCCUAUUAGAUGAAAUAUAUUUUAAACGUUAGCUGCAAAAGAAAAGGCUUAUAUGAGAGUAUAAUAACAAUUUGACAAAACAGUAUUUUUAUGAUACGUUAAGUUUGCAAGAAUUGCAAAAUGAUAGAGCUAUGUUAAUAUUUCAAUCUUACCAACGAUACUCAGACCUAGUCGCUUUAUAUUUGUAUAAGAAUACAUCAGUUACAGUAAUCGUUCGCUGAAUGAAACUCGGUUGGCUGCAUUUCAAAUGCAAAAAUCAAUUUCAUCGUUCUACUCUACUUAUCUACUGAUUUUGAUGAAUAUCUCGAUCGCAUGCAUUAACUCCUUUUCCAGAAGGGAACCAAUAAGACAAAUAUUGAAUAAAGACCACUCGUAUCAUCAUGAAUUCACACACAAAUACGGAAAACACUUAAAUGAUUCUGUUUAUUAAGUUAUUAUCCAAUUUUUUUGUAAAUUUUUGACGGCCAACAAAUGUCAUAUGUAUUUAAAUAGAAUUCAUUUUUUCAUUCUAAAUAUUCUAUCAAUAACAACAUCAUCGGCAAAAACAUUUCAUUGAGCUCCAAAAUAGUUUUAUUCUUAACGCAUCGUUCCAAAAGUUCCGGGACUAACCUGGAAAACAACAUUUUUCAUGCAAAAUUUUUUUUUAUUCAUCAAAUUUUUUUUUAUCUAUCAACAUCUUCAAGUACAAUACAAUCGUUCUGCUCUUUUCAAACUCUACGAUAUCAGGCUUAUAGAAUUAUUUUUGGUCUCAAAAUAGGUUUCAGUAACAGCGAUAACUUUUUCAUGCGAGAAAAAAUGUGCCCUGAAGCAUCUUUUUGAGAUCAGCGAAGUGCCAGUAGUCGCUGAGAGCGUGAUCGGAAUAAUAUGGCAUUUGAGGAAGCAGGUCGAAACCCAAUUCGUUCAAUUUGGCCAUUAUUUUCAUUAAAUUGUGGCACGGUUGGGUUGGCGGUUCAACGCAUAGGGCGCUGGUCUUACAAGUCAGUUGUCGUAUGUUCAAGCCCCGACCUGGAAGGAUUAUCAGUGUCAGUAGGAUCGUAGUACUAGCCAUGUAAUGAUUCUGAACGCUAAGAAUCGGCUGCGAAGUCGGUUGAAACAGAAAUGUCAAAUUCUUCAAAAAGGAAUGAAAGACCAAGAAUUUGCUUUGUGGCACGGUGCGUUGUCUUGGCCAUGACUUUUCCAGCUGCCUGUUGUGUUUUCGGAUGCUUGGACGGUUUUCCAGCUGCACGCCGCCACCCAGCCGACUGUCGAUUCUAUUCCGGAUUAAAUGAUGGGUCCAUUUUUCGUCUACUGUAACAUACCGAUGCUAGGUAUCUUUUUCAUUGCGACUAAACAAUGCAAAACAACUCUCAGAAUCAUGAAAAUGUGACACAUGUUAUCUGAAAGUUGGUUUUUUCGAACAAACGUCAAAUCUGGGCAGUACCGGGACUUUUUGAACGAUGUAUUAUAUUAGUAAUGUGCUAUAAUAUUUGCGCUGCAUGAAUUUUACCAAUUGAUUGAGUCAUUUGAAAACUUAACUACAAAUUAUUUACUGAUUCAUUCGGUUAAUGUGAUAUUCCAUUCAGCGAACGACAACAAUAUCAUUACAACAUAUCAAAACGUGUUCAAAUUAAAUAGAAUAUACCAGUAGUAACAAACCAUGUAACAAUAAAUAAAGUUCGGAAACAAA